CAAAUUUGGCGUCACAACAAAUUUGGCGUCACUAUAACGCUAGACAAACCUUAUAAAAAGGCUUCUCGAAUUUUGACUUAUCUCACGAACCUUGUAGCCGUUUCUCUCACUCAUUGCAUUUUCAGAGGAUUGAAAACUGUAUAAUAUUUUCUGGGUCGCUAUAUAGCCUAAAAUGCCUGAAGAUUUCUACUUAGAGCGCCCUCUUUUCGGCGCUGCCUUAGCUAGCACCUUCCCUCAAAGGUUCCAGGACGUGAGUGAUAUUCGACAAGUUCCUGAUCAUCAGGAGGUGUUCGUGGACCCUUCCCGGGAUGAAAGUUUGAUCUUUGAGUUAUUAGAAUUGAAGCAUGAAGUUGGUGAUAAUGGGAGUGCUACAUGGUUUCUUCAAGACCUUGCCUCUGAACAAGAAGCUGAAGGAAGCGCGGUGAUUGAACAGUCAGGAGUGGUUGAGGCCCCUGGACUGUGUUAUAGGAGCACACCUGCUGUCAUUACAACUGCAGUAGGCCAAAUGGCUAUCUCUAAGGGACGGCAAGGUAGGGAAGCACAAAAUGUUGUAAGGGUAUAUGUCGCAAAUGUUCGUCUUAAAGAAGUUAACACGGAUGUCCUAAUUACUGCAUAUGAGCCGAUUCAUAUAAAUCCAUUGAGUGAAAGUGUUACUGCCGUCGGGGCCGGUGCUGCCACUCCUGCUGAGCAUUCUGGAUGUAUGCCAAUGGUUGAGGUCUUUAAACUAGCUGUCUCAACCUUUAAAGUCAACAACUGGGGUCUUUUUGGCAAUGCAUAGAUGAGUCACACAGCCAUGUAUAUAUAAUACAUGAAUAGGUGGUUUUUAGAUUUAUAAAUCUACUAUGUGGAUUUUUUUUACUUCCGCAUUGUGUUACUAUUUCUUAGUCUUGUAAGUUGUAAUGUUUGUUUUUUGUUAAGAAAGCAUGCUGCCAUUUACCAUUUUAUAGUCUUGUAAGUUCUAAUGAUUGUUAUAUGUUCAGAAAGCAUGUAGCCGUUUACUAAGUAAAGUAAAGUAUAAAUUUGUAUUUUAAUUUUUAGAAA